UCGAAAUGGACGUCUUCCUCGUCAUUGGGUGAGAGGCAAGGCGCCCUCAUGGCACCCGCCAGGAAUCGGGGGAGAUCCGCUGGGGUCUUGGAUCAUUCUCUGCGCAACGUUAAGGUAUUCGAAUCCCUCCUGCCAAAUGCUCUCAUCGCUCUCGAUGUUCUUCUCCGCGCUAGAGGCCUUUCUAAUUGUUCCAAAAUGAAAUCUUUUUGGGGGUUCUUGGCGAUGUCCGGAGCUGAGUGGAGCCGGUGUGCUCCCCCAUCAUGCUAAUUGAAUACUGUUCAGGUCAUGUGGGUGGUUGUCUUCAGUUCCCUUUUCAUCUUUGUUACUCUUUUUCCUUGUUUUAAAUUGAAAGCAGUAGCAUUUCAUUCGUUAGUUCUGUUGCAAGGAAUGUGGUGCGGAUGUGGAGGAUUAAGAAGGGCGGAUCCGCAGCUGCACAUUUACUCCUUUAACUUUUUCUUCCUCCUUUUCAUUUCUUUUGUUUCGUUUGCUAGUAAUGUAAAGCAUGGAAGAUAGGCCGGAUAGUGGUGAACCAGGUUGGAUUGGUGGAAAAAGGGUACAACACGAUGUGGUAAAGGGCAUGUGGCUUUUGGCUGCAGGGUGCUAUGUUGAGAGAGUUCUUCGGGACAUUAUCUUCGGCAAAAAUCCCUGCAUAGUAGCCAGAAUCUUGGGUUGCAUAUGCUGUUGAAAGAUCUGGGAAUUUUGUCGUAUAAGAGGCAAUCGUUACUGUAAUUAGGAUAGCGAGAUGGACUCAUCGGUCGGGCGGCGGAAGAAGAUAACCAAGCAGCUGACGGGAAAGCGAGAAGACACUCCCUUGCAUUCUGCAGCCAGGGCAGGGAAUUUAGCUGUGGUGAAUGAGUUCCUUUCGGGAAACAAUGAAGAGAAUUUAAAGGAAUUGUUGUGUAAGCAGAAUCAGGCCGGAGAGACUGCUUUGUUUGUUGCUUCUGAGUAUGGCUAUAUCGAUUUAGUGCAAGAGAUGAUCAAGCAUCAUGAUGUUGCAAUGGCUGGAAUAAAGGCUAAGAAUGGUUAUGAUGCUCUACACAUCGCAGCGAAGCAAGGUGAUGAAGAUGUUGUGAAGGAGCUGCUAAAUGCUCUUCCAGAACUCUCUCUCACGGUGGACUUUUCAAACACCACGGCACUUCAUACUGCUGCAACACAAGGCCGUAUUGAGGUGGUGAAUCUCCUAUUAGAAGCUGAUAAGAGUCUUGCACUAAUUGCAAAGAGCAAUGGUAAGACUGCCCUUCAUUCUGCUGCAAGAAAUGGACACUUGGAAGUUGUCAAGGCUCUUCUAAGAAAAGAACCUGGAAUUGCUACCAGAACUGAUAAGAAAGGACAGACUGCACUUCAUAUGGCAGCCAAGGGCACAAGCCUAGAGUUAGUUGAGGAGCUUCUUGAACAUGAACUCUAUCUAAUUAGCUCGGUUGACACGAAGGGCAACACCGCAUUGCAUAUUGCGGCAAGAAAAGGCCGGGCUCAGAUAAUCAAGAGAUUACUUGAGAUCAAGGAGCUUGAGACCAAAGCCAUCAACAAAUCAGGCGAGACAGCACUUGACAUUGCUGAGAAAAUGGGGAAUUCAGGUAUCAUCAGCAUACUACUGGAGCACGGUGUUCAAAGUGCAAGGACUAUUAGACCUCCUCAGAACCCUGCGCGCGAGCUAAAGCAGACAGUGAGUGACAUAAAACAUGAGGUUCACUCCCAGCUCGAACAUGCCCGCCAGACCAGAAGGCAUGUCCAGGGGAUUGUGAAAAGGAUCAACAAGCUCCAUGAAGAGGGCCUCACCAAUGCGAUCAACUCCAACACUGUCGUCGCCGUCCUCAUUGCAAGUGUAGCAUUUGCAGCCAUCUUCACAGUUCCUGGUGAAUAUGUAGAGUUCGAUAACCUCGCCCCUGGACUCACACUAGGAGAAGCCAAUGUGGCACAUCAGACACCAUUCAUGAUCUUCUUUGUCUUCGACUCAGUAGCACUCUUCAUAUCCUUGGCUGUUGUCGUGGUACAGACUUCGGUGGUCGUGAUCGAGAGCAAGGCCAAGAAGCAGAUGAUGGCCAUCAUCAACAAAUUAAUGUGGAUAGCCUGUGUGCUCAUCAGCAUCGCAUUCCUCGCCCUCUGUUUCAUCGUUGUGGGGCGCAAGGGGAGGUGGCUGGCGAUAGGAGUGACCAUCAUUGGGGCGGUGAUACUAGCAACAACAUUCGGCACAAUGAUCUACUGGGUGAUUGUCCAUCGGAUCGAAGCCAAAAAACUAAGAAGCAUCCAGCGAUCAUCGUUCAGUCGAUCACGGUCAUGGUCGGUGUCUGGGGUGUCAGACAGUGAAUUGUUCAAUGGAGAAUAUAAAAUGUAUGCAAUUUGACACUAACAAGGUAUCUCUUUGGCACCGGCACCACAAACCAGCCAUGUAAUCCUUGGAAAGUGUUCUUCCUUGGCUCAAAAUGCUUGCUAGGAGUUGAUGGGCAAAUGCUCCUGCCAGUACCUUAUUCUAUUCAUCUGGUGACAAUUGAAAUCUAUGAGUUUAGGCCAACAAAUGAGCAAUUUCUAGUUUUGAGCCCCAUAGCAAUCAGACCAACCAGGAAUCACAUCGAAACAAGGAGGAAGGUUUGUGUCCAGUCUCUGUACGAUGCAGACAUAAUCAAUGCUUUGCCUCUUAACGUGUGUUGUGAGAAUUACAGACACCUUGAUUUGAGACCAGGCACAUCAGAGAAAUCCGAAAUUUGCUACGCAAUAAUCUGAACAGCUGGAUUGAGAACCCUUUCCAGAUAAGCUCGACGAUGAUCAAACUCUCCAUUUUCAUAAAGAUGACUCGGUUGUGCCCUCUAGUUUCGAUGAUGACAUAUAUUGUAAAUUGAGAGUUUCUCAUUGAUUCAAAACAAAAAUAACGAAUCCAUUUUUUUUUUCUUGGAAGAGUUUCUCAUUGAGAGUUUCUUGUACAUAUAAAUGCCAUGAAAUGACGUACGAGACUUUGCUAUUGUGAACACCUCAAUGUC